AAAAAACUUUCUCCCAAAUUGAACUUUGAAAUUUCUCCCUGUCAUUUUAUAAACUUCUUCAAGAGCAGACGCGUCCGUGAAAAUCGGUCGUCAGUGUUGAAUCAAUUUGGAAAUUCUUUGACUAGUGACCAAUACUAAAUUAAUACAAAACGAAAUGGAGCUAGAAAUUUUAAAUGCCAAAAACUCCAAACCCUAUGGCAAAGUAACGGCACCGGCAGCCACUAACAUUGGUGACUUAAGGGAGCUGAUACACCAAAAGUUAAAAUCAACACCAGAUUCCAAUAGACAAUCGCUGCGUUUGGAACCCCGUGGUAAAUCUGUAAAAGACACUGACACUUUGCAGUCAUUAAAUUUACGUGCCGGCGACCGUGUAUACAUUAAGGAUUUGGGACCACAAAUUGGCUGGAAGACUGUGUUCUUGGCAGAAUAUGCCGGACCACUUAUUGUAUAUUUGCUCUUCUAUACACGACCAGAAUUAGUGUAUGGCAAAUCGGCUACACUUCCCAUUACACUAACAACACACAUUGCUGCGGCUUGUUAUACCGUGCACUAUAUGAAACGUUUGUUGGAAACAAUAUUUGUGCAUCGUUUCUCUCAUGCUACUAUGCCCAUGCGUAAUCUCUUUAAGAAUUGCUCUUAUUACUGGGGAUUUACCGCUUAUGUAUCCUAUCAUGUCAAUCAUCCAUUGUUUACUGAACCCUGCAUGUGCCAAGUUUGGGCUGCAUUAGCUGGAUUUGUGUUUUGCGAGUUGGGUAAUUUCUCAAUCCACAUUGCUUUGCGUAACUUGAGACCACCCGGCACUAAAGUGCGCAGAAUUCCUGUACCAGAUGGCAAUCCUCUAACCAACUUGUUCCACUUGGUAUCCUGCCCCAAUUAUACUUAUGAAAUUGGUGCCUGGGUUUCAUUCUCCAUUAUGACUUCUUGUCUAUCAGCUUUCUUGUUUGCCGUUGCUGGUGCCUAUCAAAUGACCGUUUGGGCCAUGGGUAAACAUCGUAACUAUCGCAAGGAAUUCAAAGACUAUCCCAAACAAAGACGUGCCAUUUUCCCAUUUGUGCUCUAAGUUUUUAAAAAGUGUUUCUUGCUUUUCAAAGCAUUUUCCCUACAAAAAACAACAUUUCCACUUUUAACUUUAGCAAAUUUACAUGUAAGACAAUCUUCCCUUUUAUAUAUGAAGAUUGUAUGUAUGAUCUUUCAUUUGACAAAUUUUUGGUGUGUAUUGGUUAAUUGCAGUAGUCGGUAAUUUUCUAGUGAGUUACUGUUAGCACUGUAACCUUUUAAUUAUUAAUGUAAUUUUAAAUUGUACGUAUUUAUAUGGCAUAUGUAAGUGUGAAAUAUUAAAAUCAAUAAAUAAAACUGGUUUUGAGAAACUAAUAAAA